UUUAGUGUCAAUAGAGUUUCAAUAGUGGAUGGCAUAGCUAACCGAAACGCUAUAGCUGACUGUCUUUUUAGCAGUGGAAUAUUUACAGAUGCUAUGCGAGAUGAAGUACAACAAGAACCUGAGACAGCAAGGAAAAUCGGUUGAUAUUAAACACUCUCGAAAAACGUGGUUCACGCAGUGUAAAGUGUCUUUUCACUGCGUUCUUACAAACUUCGAAUGGUGCUUUGGCUGAUCUGUUAGAACCGUACGCCAAAAAUAUCGAAAAUACUGAAAAUUUAAAUGACCCUAAAGCAUGGCCACCAUUAAAAGACGAACAAGCAGCAAUGACAAAGCACAGAGUAUUAAAAAUCAAAGACGUAAAGAGUCCACUAAUGCAUGAUUAUAGCAAAGUUGAUGUUUAUAAAAUUCACGGGGAAAAACGUGGAAAAGUGUUCAUGAUCAAUAAUACAUUUUCCGGCACGAAACAUCAAGAAACAAAGAAAAGAGAAGGUACAAGCGUCGAUGUACAAAAUCUGACAGAGUUAUUCCAACAGUUGCAUUUUGAAGUUGAACUAAAGACUGAUUUAACAGCAGAGGAAAUGGUUAAAUGGUUAGAAAAAGAACGAGACAGUAUUACUGACUGGGAUAAAAUUGAGUGCGUUGUUCUUAUUCUAAUGAGUCAUGGAAAGGGCGAAUACAUUUUCGGCGACGAUAAUAAACCUGUUAAACUCACAGAUAUCACAGCAGUGUUUGAUUCAAAUCAUUGUAAAGGUUUAGACGAAAAACCAAGAUUGGUUUUUGUGCAAGCUUGUCGAGGAGUUGAAACACCUGAAGAACAGCUUUCAAAGGUAUGUUUGAAAUUGGAAAAACAGAAACUUCAAUCUCAUACACCUGGUGGUCAAGAUCAAGUCGAUGCAGUACCAUCAAAGGAUGACAAAUCAUCACACGUGAAACAUCCAGCAGCAGACUUUUUAGUCGUGUACGCAACACCGGCAGGGACACUUUCGUCUUCAAGUAUUGACACUGGAUCUUGGUUUUUAAAUGCAGUGGUCUGGACAUUCAAAUAUCAUGCUAAACAUGAAGAAUUGCACCAUUUGCUUCUUAGAGUCAACAGAUUAGUUGCAAAAGGCAAAGAUCCAGAAGAAGUUGGAAAGAAAUUGACCGUUUCGGAAGUAAAAUCAAACCUAAGGAAGAAAUUGUACUUCUUUCCGGGAGUUUAUGGCGACUCUCCUCAGUUGUUUAAGGACUAAAUGAAAUAAACACUUUUGUUGGCUUCUGGAAGAUGACAGUGAUAAAUAGAAUGAUACAGUUUUGCAGAUUUUGUUACUGUAAUCAAUUUGUACAUGAUGUGGAUAUUCAUACUAUAAAAAUUAUAACAGUA